AUGCUGAAAGUCCCGACUGAGGAGGAUUUGAGACGAGUGGCCGAGUCGUCGGAUGACAGUGCCAGGAGCAGUUUGGAGAGAGGAAGGAGACAGCUCGAGGAUGGUGGAAGAGCCAGAAAUGUUGGAGUUGGUGGUAGAGGAGGAGGAGGAGACAGAGAGCUAGCACAGUUCAAUUUGGGUGGAGGCAACAGGACGAGUUUGAGUCAGAGUCCGAGUGCGAGUCCUGGGAGACGAAGAGGCGAUGAAUCGCCGCCAGAAGAACAGAUUAAUUUCGAUACGGGACGAGCGGUGCGGUCGAGCUCUCGCAAUCCGCUCGAGGUUGACAGUGGGUACCAGACUGGGGGUGGAAGUGGUCAGAUGGGGUCGAAGUCGGGUAUAAAGUCGAGUUUUGUCAAUCUCAGGUCACUGCUGAGAUCUGAAGGUGGCCCUAGAACUACUGUUGCGACAGCUGCUGCGAUACCUGGGUCGACAGGUGGGGUGAUUAGUGGUGCCACUGGUGGAGCCACUGGUAGUGCUAGUCGAGGUUCUGGUGAUAGUUCUCGUGUUGGAGCUGUGUCUGGUGGUGCCAGUGAGGGUCGUGAGUUAGGAGUCGAGGACCCGAGAUCGAGUCUGGAGUCGGCUGACAGUGUUCGGACGGGUGAGAGCGUUUUUAGUGGGUACAGUCAUGUCCACGGUCAUGGUAAUGGCGGUAAGGACAGAACACAUUCACAGGUAGGGAUUACAAAACUGCAGAAUAAAGCUCAUAAUUUAGUUCAGUCUCUGGCAUUAAACUCGGAGAGACCGUUGUAUUACGGUCAUCGAAGAGUCAGUAGAGCUCAGGAUAUGGACGCUCGAGCAGCAGCUGCAGCUGCUGCUGCGGCCGCUGGAGGUGCUGGAGGAGGUCCUGCUUAUAGAGGGUCGAUAGGAAAUGGUAUGACAGCAUCACUUUCACGGUCGAGUGCUGAUUUGUUUAGACGUUCGAGCCAGAGAUUUGGUAGUGGUGCUGGUGGUGUAGACACGAGUCGUCCGGGUGAACCUCAAUUGACACCUGAUCUGGAAGAACAUCUCCUGCUAUUAUCGGCUCUUGAUAGAAUGCCAACUGAUUUUGCCCAGUGUGAAGAUGAUCUCGAUCAUGAUCCAGAAAGAUUGCGGAAACUGAGUCUGUUUUACGGGGUAGACACUGUUGUCGAGAACCAACGAGGCUGGUUUUUCAUGGGAUACCCGUUUUUCUCGGACAAAUCGCUGUUUCCACUGGAUCCUCAUAACUGGACUACUGGCCAGGGUCGGGCACUUAAUGGCGGCAUGAACGACUACUCACUGCCCGAUUUCACCUGGGAAUGGCUUUGGAAAAGGUGGUAUGUCGACAUGUCCGGAGAUGUCGAUGACCAGGGAUGGAAGUACUCGUGGCGGUUUCGCUCGAGAAAUUGGCAUGGAACUCAUGUCUGGUUUAGAUCGUUUGUUCGUAAACGUACCUGGAAACGAAUAAGACGAAAAGUCGACUCGUAUAUCCCUCCAGCUAGCAGAAUCCACAGCUAUCUCGGUGCAAAUGCUUCUGACAGCGCCGAGAUUCUCAUCGGCGAUAUACCCCUUGCUGGUGCACCAACAUCGACCGAUGCUACUUCAUCUUCUGCCACUGCUACUGCCACUGCUACUGUUACAGCUGGUUCGGAUGCUGCUGUUUCUCCACCCACUUCUGCUACUGCUGGUACUGGGACUGGUAUUGGUAUUGGUACUGCUGGUUCGGAUACUAGUAGAGACCCAUCUCGUCGCAGUCCUGAGCCAAUCACCGGAGUCUAUAACAUAUCUGGUGGUACUAGCAUUCUCCGACCUGUUACCCCUAUCAUCAGCCUGAGUGUCGAUGGACCAAGUCACAGCUCUCACGACCUACCACGGCCUGGUUCACCAGAAAUGCCCACGAUCCAAGAAUCCGAAACUAAAGUCGACCGACUCAUCAACUCCAUGAACGACUCGAGAAUAGACCGUGAACGCAUCAACAAAUUCGUGGACUUUGCUCUCGACCAGGACAAUGAUCCUGCCACUAUCGGCGAACUCCUCACCAGACUUCACGGCAUUCUUCAAACCCUGCAAUACCAUGCCUCUCGCCAACACAUUAUCCGCCGCCUCGAAGCAUCCACCGAAAACGCUCCAUACAACGAAACUACUCAGAAACUCAUCUCCGCUAUCGAAGAAGACCACGAUAACUACGACCACAAAUCUUCUCCCUAUGGCCACUUGCGACUCGACUCCCCGUCGCCGUCUCCCUCUCCUUCUCUCUCCUCUUCUCCGCCUUCACGACCUAACCAUCCAACAUCCAGUUUCCAUCAAAAUAGGUAG